AUGGCGGCUUUUGCAUUCAUAUGGAGAGGAGAGUCUUAUGAUAUCAGACCGAAGAUAAGACUAAAGAAAGCUUGCGUAGAUAGAAAGGACUUUUUAACAGCAAAUAAUAAGAUCACAGAGGCCUUGUUAAAGGAAAGAGACAAACAGGCUAAAUGGAAUGGAAUUCCCCUACUGUUGCAGAAACUAUAUGAGAACAGCCACCCAAACAGCGACUUCUCCCAGUGCCAAAACAUCCUUAAGGAAAUUUCUCCACUUCUUUCAGUGGAGGCCAUGGCAUUUGUCACAGAUGAUAGAAAACCUGCUCAAGAGUCCACUUACCCAAACACAUACACAUUUGAUCUGUUUGGAGGAGUAGAUCUUCUAGUGGAAAUUCUUAUGAGGCCAACUUUGAUUACACAAAAAAAGAAACAGAAAAUAAGUGAUGACCUGAUUAAGGACUGUUUGAGCAUAUUGUAUAACACUUGCAUAUGCACGGAAGGAGUCACUAAACGAUUGGCAGAAAGAAAUGAUUUUGUUUUGUUCCUAUUUACACUGAUGACAAACAAAAAGACAUUCCUGCAAACAGCAACCCUUAUCGAAGACAUCCUGGGAGUUAAAAAGGAAAUGAUACAGUUAGAUGAUAUACCCAAUCUUGCAAGUCUAGUAUCCAGUUUUGAUCAACAGCAACUUGCAAACUUCUGCAGAAUCCUCGCUGUCACCAUUUCUGAGCUUGAUACGGGGACUGAUGACAAGCACACACUUCUUGCCAAAAAUGCCCAGCAGAAAAAACAUUUGGGUCCUUCCCGAGCUGAAAUUAAUCAAGCUCCUGCCGCCUGAGCCCUGUCCCGAAGCCUCUCUCUUUAGCUCUUGGGGUUCCCAGAAGAGCUGUGUCCCAGAGCCUUGCAGUCUUUCCCCACACUCACCAGAUUGGUUGGGGUUCCCGGUGGAGUAUUUAGACUUGUGGUGACCUGUUGUUGUCCGGAGUUCCAAGAUUCCGGCUUUCCUUGGGAUCACAGGUAAGGUUUCUCUUCUUCCUUCUUCCAGGGUCCCAGUGGUCUCUCCUCCAGUGCCCGAAGGCAAAAGGUGUUUGCCCCGUGGCUGGAUGUAUGUCACCCAUGGCAAGCUAAUCAUCCCACCCCUCCCUUGAUGUGAAACUCCCUUCACCUGGCAGGGUGCAAUCGUGGGUCAUCCUCACCUGAAACCCAUGCAGCAACAGGGCUCAUGCCUGAGCCCCUGUUACAGACAGGAAUAAUUUUAGUGCGCUGUAUGUAAUCUUCAUAGACUCAUGCUCCCUUGAAAUUGACUAAGGUGUUCUAAAAGCAGAGACUCAGGAUGUCUCAGUGUAUAGCUAUAGACUGUUCACUUAUUUUCUACGUAGGAGAUAUAGAAUGGUGUAGCGCCUUGGAACUAAAUGCCAAAAGGAACCACUAGAUCACCUUGUCUGACCUCCAGGAUUUUUAAUUUGUUAAAUUUCACUAUUUCUAUUGAGUCAGAUAACCUGGGUUAAGCCAAAAUAUUUCAACCUUCAGGAGACUAAAUUAUUGUGUGCCACAUUCAGAGAACCGAAGAGAUACCCCUGCAAAGAGGGAGAAAUCUUCCUUAAUCCCAGUGAGCCAAAAAAGUUGUGCCAUAGAUGACACAAGCAUGUUGAAAGCAAUGCAAAACUUUUCUCUCCAUUUCCAAUGGCGUUUACAUAGAAAUAGACUCCAAGGCCAAAACAAACUUCCAUGACCAUCUAGCCUAACCAUUCUCUCUACCUUCCACUUGUACAAUCUCUAGAAGGCUAGUCAAAAAAAAUAUUUAUCUCUGUUUUUAAUAAAUUAUCUAAUCUUACCUUAAAGAUGCCAAACAAUGGUGAGUCCACUAUCACGUCUGCUAACGUACUGAGCAACUUCAUAAAACAAUGUAUUCAAUUAAAAUAUAAUUGAAGGUAAGAUGAACUGACCUCAGGUUUUGCAGUGUUAAAAGCCCUUUGAUAUCCAGGGAGGCAAGCUGAAUGUGGCUCUUAUCCUGCAGUGCUUGAUUUGAAGCAUGUGAGUAGCCAAAUAGGUGAGUAAGCACAUGUUUGCUGAUUUGAGCAUUGGCAUGCUUUCCAGGAGCAGCAUGUACAUCAACUACUCUUUAGAAGUGUUUACUUGAAAACAGCUUAUUCUUUAAGUUCAGCAUCUGCAUUCUGAAAUGGUACUGUUCAGGGAAUAAUAGAAAAUUAGGGUUGGAAAGAACUUCAGGGGGACAUCUAGUCCAAUUCGUUGCUCAAAUCAGGACCAUCCUCAACUAUAUCAUCCCAGUCAAGGCUUUGUGUAGC